GGUAGCAGGGCACUGUUUGUGGGGAGAAGGAAGUCCUUCCUGCCACCUUGCCCAUUGAUUUAUAUAAUUUGCUAGGGUUGAACAUUUACAGUUAAAUACUUGCAACAUAGCUCUUUUCUGGGCUGAGGUAGAGAGACUGCCUCCUUUAAGGUCAGAAAACUAGGGUUUAUCACGUGUUAGCCAUUUGAUUCUAGAGAAUUUGCAAAACUCCUCUAAACCCAGGUGUCAACCAUGUGCCAGGUCCUGGGCCAGGCACCGAGAAUGCAGAAAUGGAGAAGUCACUGGCUCCAUCCUGAAGUUGCUCAUAAUCUCCUGGGAAACAGAGAGCUUCAUGAACGGUCCCAACACGAUGUGAUCUAUGCUUUGCUGGAACAAUGGAAGAGUGGCCAAGAGAGCACAAGGAGCGCUGGGCCGGGCUGCGGCCGCCACUACCGCGCGGCGCUCUGCACCGAGCUGAAGCAACCCCUGGCCAUCGAGGAGGUCGCCUCCCGCCCCGUCCGGCCUCACGAGGUGGAGUGGCUGGAGGACAUUCGCGCGCCAUACAUGUCAACAACUGAUGUGUCAUGCACACAGUGUGCGCAGGCUGAAGGCUGGGCUCCUUUGUUCUGUUAUUUGCCCGGACACUGCCUGGUCAGAGUGGAUGUCCAUUUCUGUGGCGUUAAUUUUGCUGAUAUUUUGGUCUGCCGUGGUCAGUAUCAGGAAAAGCCUCAACUUCCCUUCACACCUGGAAUGGAGUUUUCGGGGACGGUAUUGGAGACAGGCGCAGCUGUGAGCACAAUGAAAGAGGGAGAUCGAGUUAUUGGCGUGAGUGGCUUUAAUGGUAUGGCAGAAGAAUGCAUCAUUGAUCAAAAGACACUGUGGCAGAUUCCAGAAAGGGUCCCCCUCCGAGAAGCUGCCACCCUCCCUGUAUCUUACGUCACUGCUAUUUUGGCCCUGGAGCAUCGGGCACGUACUCGGCCUGGAGAAACCGUUUUAGUGACAGCAGCAGCUGGAGCCACGGGCCUUGCAGUGAUAGAUGUGGCAACAAAUGUUCUUCAGGCUAAGGUAAUAGCUGCAGCUGGAAGUGAGGAGAAGUGCAGGCUGGCGAUGCAGAGAGGCGCGCAGUCCAUCGUGAACUAUAGUCAGGGCAGCCUGAAGGAGGCAGUGAGGAAGCUGGUGGGCAGUGGUGGGGUGAACGUGGUCAUUGACACCGUGGGAGGAGAUGUCUUCCUGGAGGCACUGCGCAGCCUGGCCUGGGAAGGCAGGAUUGUGGUGGUGGGUUUUGCUGGAGGGACCAUUGCUUCCAUGCCAGCCAACCUUCUGCUCCUGAAGAAUGUCUCUGCCAUGGGGCUGUACUGGGGCCGAUACAAAGAGCAGGAUUUUCCCGUCUUCUCCAGAAUCCUGUCGUCUGCUCUUCAGUACUGCCAGCAACGGCGCAUCCAGCCACACAUCGGAGCGGUUUUUAAGCUGGAGGAGGUCAAUGAUGCCUUCCUUCAUGUGAGACGGCGCAAAUCCACGGGCAAGGUGCUUAUCUCCCUGAAAUAAAUCCUCACCUCAGCAGCAAAUUCAGCAUGUCCAAAUCCAAGCGCCUCAUCUUUCAAAAAACCUCACGUCCUUCCUGUGUUUCUAAAGGCGUGACCGCUUUCUUUAUUAAUCCAGGUUCAAAAUCUUUAGGAGGCAUCUUCGAUUCUGGUUUCUUAUUCCUUGUAAUUAGUAUGACACAUGCUUUAUUGUCCUAACUGGGCCGUCUUUGAGAGGGAAAGGAGGCUGUUCAUAACUACACCAGGGGAGCCGGAGUACCAGGCAAACAGGAUGUAUGGCCGUCCUGUUCACAGUGCCUCAGUGACCAGGUUCUGUCAUCCCCAACGCCAAGAUAUCUCUCACCUCCGUAUCCUCUUUUCCAUUCCAACUAAUUCUGUUUCAUCUGCUAAUUCCAGUAACUUUCUGACUGGCUUUCCAACCUUUAAACGCCUCCCACCCCUCCAUCCUUGUUAUACCUUGUUGCCAUGGUGACCUUCCUAAAGUAUAGCCAUGAUCGUGUCUCUUCUCAGAAAACCUGCAAUGGCUCUCCUUGAACGUGGCGCAGUUCAGACUCCUCAAGCUAGCCUUUCUUUAUGCCCAUGACCUUGCCACACUCUGCUCUGCAGCCUCAUGUUACAUACACAAUGCCCUGGGCCCCUCGCAUGCAUUUAAAUUUCCUGCCAAUCCCCCUUUGCUCUGCUCAAGCAGUUUCCUCUACUUCCUUGUCCCUGUCAAACAUAAACCUUUUUGACCUCCAAGACCAACCUCUGCCAUGAGCCUGUCCCCUCAGGAGGCUGGUCGUUUCUUCCUUUCCACCUUUCUGUAGCUCUUUCCUUGGGAUUUGUCACAUUCUACCUUGCACUGAAGGGAGCAGCAUGUCUAGUAGAAUGAACACAGGAUUCUGAAUCUAAGAUGUGGGUUCAAAUCCUGGUUUUACCACUUUGGAGGUAGUUACUUAAGGUCUGUGAGCCUUCAUUUUCUCAUUGUAAAGUGGAUGUUACAAUAUCUACCUCACAACGUUGUCAUGGGCAAUACAUGCAGUGAUUGGGUGUGUGGUGAGCCAUUAGCAAAUACUAGUUACUUUUACUUCUCUCUUGCCUCCUUUCCCGAGGUAGCAUACAUGUUUUGAAAGUGGGUACCAUGUCUGAUUCACCCUUGUACCUCCCAUAAUACCUAGCACAAUGAGUAGUAAAUAUGCAAUAAAUUGAAUUGAUUGUAAAUUA